AUGUCCGUGCCCCAGCCAACAUCGAAUAGCGCUCUCAACCAGGCAACAUUUGAAUCUCUCCUGCCCUCGGUCGUUCAGAUUACCCAAUCCACCCAGCCCCAGCCCCAAUCUCAGCCACCUGCCCAAACCCAGCAACAGCAGCAGGAAAUAGCCAAGGCCACAAUGGCUCUCCGCACACAGCUGGCCGCAGCCCGGGACCAAGUCGACGCUCUGCCGGGAGGAGAAAUGUUGCUCAAGGACCAGCAAGAGGUUAUUCAGAUGCUCAAAGAGAUGAGAUCUCAGCGCCGCUAG